UUACGAUCAAUAAUGAAACUAUGAAAUUGAAAAAAUAAUAACAAUAUUAAUAAAGAUAACGCUAUUGAAAAGUAUACAAAUGUCUAGAUUUUGUGGUAUUAUUACGUAAAAUAUCUAUUUUUAUAAGCUAUGGUUAUGGAGUAAUAAUUUUUGCACAUUCGGGGAAAGGAACUAAAAAUAACAGUAAUAUAAUGAGAAAAUUAUUGCUAUAUUUUUGUGUAAAUUAUGGUAAGUAGACAUCGAAGAAGGAUUAAAUAAUACACAUUAAUUAAUUUCAUGUGAGAAAAAUUCGUGUUCUACUGAAGCGAACAGAUAAUCUAAACGAUUCGUUUAGCGUGCAACAACCUGUGAUUGACAGGUAUCGAAAAAUAGAAAGUAACGUGUGUGGACACAAGUGUAAUAAAUAGCUUGGUGCAGAUGUCCUUACCGUAUUUUGAUGACUGAACGAUGAGAACACGGUUAGAAAGAUAUUUGAGAGUGAUACAUUAAUCAUAAUCGUAAUCCCUGUUUUCUGGCAAUGUUGUUGGAGGUGAUCAUGAUUGAUUAGAAACAUUCUCAUUAAUACGGAGAAGCAAGCAGUAUUAAAAUAUUUUAAGUAUUUAAUGAACGUAUAACCUAUAAUAGAAAGAUGUUAUCUGGAAGACCUCCUGUGACAGAGAAUCCUCUGGGACUUUCUUGGCACGAUAGCGCGUGGAUUCCUGUAUUAAAUCCAAACAACAUAAUGGAUUACUUUUCUGAAAGAAGUAAUCCUUUUUAUGACAGAACGUGUAAUAAUGAAAUUGUUAAAAUGCAGCGUUUAAGUCCAGAUCAAUUACAAAAUAUGACCGGUCUCGAAUACAUUCUUUUACAUGUACAAGCACCUAUUUUAUAUGUAAUCAGAAAGCAACAUCGUCAUUCUCCUACUUUAGCAGCACCGCUUGCGGAUUAUUAUAUUAUUGCUGGUGUUGUAUAUCAAGCUCCUGAUCUAGCAUCAGUUGUGAGCUCUAGAUUGUUAUCUACGGUACACCACUUGCAGUCUGCCUUUGAAGAAGCUAGCUCAUGCUCGAGGUAUCAUCCUAGUAAAGGCUAUUAUUGGGAUUUCAAAAAUGGAAAAGCAUUGGCAGCAAAGAAAGAGACACCCGUUCGUGAAGAACCAAGUUCUUUGUUUCAGCGGCAAAGAGUAGAUAUGUUGCUGGCUGAACUUACACGGAAAUUUCCAUUACCUGUCCCAAAGCCAGUACACCAAGCCAUAGAACCUUCAAUGGAGAUUAAACAAGAAAUAAAAACGGAAAAGAAAGACAUGAAACCACCACCAGAGAAGAAACCAAAAGUUAAUUAAUAAAGAUUUAGAACGGUUAAUAAUACUUUGUGUAUAUAUUGUAUUUUAUCUCAAUUUUUAUUUUAUGAAAUACGUGUUUCGCAUUAUUAAACAUAUUUUGAUAAACCACUGAAUUUUGU